AUGGCUAUCAAUGAUACCGAACACAGAGAGGAGGAGGAAGCCGCUGCUGACGACGAAGACACCGGGGAUCAGGUUGCUCCGAUCGUCAGGCUUGAAGCAAUCGAGGUCAUUAACGGUGAAGAAAACAAGGAUGCAAUACUUGAUCUGGAGCCAAGAACGAAACGAAAGCCAAAUAUGGAAUUAUGGAUCACAUUAUCCACCGUUGUAAAAAUACCAAAUGGAGUAGCAAAUGCUGAAGGGAAGACAGGACAUGCAAAAAGAUGUAGAUGGAACAAAACAUGGUGUGAUAGGGAUAUAAACAUGUUUUUAUACAAAAAAUAUAAGGUUAGCAUGAUUCCGCAUGAGGUUCUUAGACUAUACUCACCGGCAGUAAGACGAAUGACACAUAAGGAAACCAAAUUAGGGGACAUAAAAUUACCAGAUGGAACUUUCCACCAAUUGCAGAUUAUGCUUAUGCACCAUGAUCGUGAUAUAUGGGGUGAUGAUGUGAGCGAGUUCAAGCCUGAAAGAUUUUCUGAAGGUGUCUCGAAGGUGACCAAGGGACAAACAUCAUAUCUCCCUUUUGGUGGUGGUCCACGUAUAUUUGUUGGACUGAAUUUUGCCUUGUUAGAAGCCAAAAUGGCACUUGUCAUGAUUCCGCAACAUUUUUGCUUUGAUCUCUCUCCAUCAUUCACAUGCUCCACAUACCAUUGUCAAUCUUCUACCUCAGUUUGGGGCUCAUUUGAUUUUGCGUAA